UCUUUCACCUGCUCUCAGUGUGGAAAGAGUUUGACAAGCAAAUAUAGUCUUGAGCUUCAUAUGAGAUUUCACACUGGAGAGAAACCAUUCACUUGUGAUCAGUGCGGGAAGAGUUUCACACUAUCAUCACACCUUAAGAGACACAUGAACAUCCACACUAGAGAGAAACUGUACACAUGUGAUCAAUGUGACAAAACAUUCUUGAGAGCUUCAUACCUGAAGAUACACCUCAGAGUUCAUAUAAAGGAGAAGCCACAUUCAUGUCAUUUGUGUGGAAAGAGUUUUUCAUUACUACAAAGAUUGAAAUUACAUCAGAAAAUACACACUGGUGUGAGAGAGUACAUGUGCUUUGAUUGUGAAAAGACUUUUACUUCAGCGAGCUGUUUAAAACGGCAUGAGAUGAUCCACACUAGAGAGAAACCUUACAAGUGUUCACACUGUGACAAGAGAUUCAGUCAGUCAGCAAAUCUGAAAACACAUGAGAGGAUCCACACUGGAGAGAAACUGCACACAUGUGAUCAGUGCGGGAAGAGGUUUGCACAAAAAGGACACCUUAUAGGGCAUAUAAGAUUUCACACUGGAGAGAAACCGUUCACUUGUGAUCAGUGCGGUAAGAGUUUCUCACACUCAUCAAGCCUUAAGGAUCACAUGAACUUCCACACUAGAGAGAAACCA